AUGGACGUAGCCUCGGCGAAAUGGCUUUCCGAACUGGGACUGGAUCAAGACUACAGUUCUAGCUUCUUCCACAAAAGCGAAAUGAACUCUCUCAAUCAGUUUGGGUUCAUCUCAGAAGAAGUAGCAACAGCUCUUGGCGAGGACUACAAACAAUCUUUCUCUUCCGAGAGCUAUUCAUCAUACUCCACCAUCACCACCAAGAACCCGUCCAACGCCGCAUCAAGCGGUUCGGAUUAUUCGGUCAAAGAUUCGCAGGUCAGCUUUGAUAGGCCCCCCAAACAGCUCAAGAUCUCUGGUUCUCCUUCAUCUCAGCUAAUCCUUAGUUUUGAGAACUCAAACUCAUCACCUACAAGGCCUCAACGACAUGUUUAUGGGAAUUUUGAGAGUACCUUGAGACCCAAGAAAGAAGCGGCGUCUCAAAUAGAUCAUGUGCCCUACUUUUCAUCCGUGGUCACAAAAGAUCACUCAGUACUUAAUGGAGAUAAUAUUGAUUCUGCACCAAAAACAUCUAUAAAGGGGACCAAGAGGAGUUUCUCAUCAAUGACCAGAACUCCUUCACAUGCUCAAGAACAUAUUAUGGCCGAAAGAAGGCGAAGAGAAAAGCUCAGCCAGCGGUUCAUAGCUCUUUCAGCAAUUCUUCCUGGUCUAAAGAAGAUGGACAAAGCUUCGGUUCUUGGUGAUGCUAUCAAGUAUGUGAAAGAGCUACAAGAACGUAUGAAGACGCUAGAGGAACAGAACAAGAAGAGAACUGUGGAAUCCGUUGUUUUUGUGAAGAAGUCCCAACUGAUGAUCUCCAGUACCGAUGAUGACACUUCUUCUAGCAACGACAGUCACGACAGCCACUCCGACGAAGUGCUACUCCCCGAAAUCGAAGCGAGAGUUUCGGAGAAGGAUGUACUCAUCCGAAUCCAUUGCGAAAAGCAGAAAGGAUUUAUGGUGAAAAUGUUAAGUGAAAUAGAGAAGCUUCAUCUGUCUAUCGUCAAUACUAGUGUCUUGCCCUUUGGGAACUCCACUUUCGACAUAACCGUAAUUGCUCAGAUGGAAAAUGAGUUCAACAUGACUGUGAAGGACCUAGUUAAGAACCUCCGACAAGCUCUAUUGAAAUUUAUGUGA